AUGGAAAGCCGCAGCGGGAGACCCCCGGCUGAGGCGCUCUGGGCGGCGGCCAGGCCCCCACAGCGCCGGCCAUCGCAGGGAGAGGAGGGCGCGGCCGGGCCGGCGGGACCGGCGGGGCCAGACGGGGCGGCCGUGAGAGCGGCGGGCCGCGGCGGGUCGCGGCGGGCCCUGAGGGCCGUGUACGUCUGCAACGGCUCCUCGCAGGACUGCGGGGCCGGCGAGCUGGGCGCGGUGGGCGCCUACGAGGGGGAGGCGUUCCGGUGCCUCGCCGGUGCCUGCGAGGCCCAGGGCGUCCACCUCCGCAGCGUGCCGUUCGAGGAGCUCGACUCCGGGGACACGGCCGUACUCGACGUCUUCUAUCGAGCAGAUAUUGCCGUGGUGGACAUGAGUGAUACCUCCAAACAGCCUUCACUUUUCUACCAUCUCGGAGUUCGAGAAAGCUUCAGCAUGACCAAUAACGUGAUCCUGUACUAUGAUACCGACAGUGACACUAUUCUUUCAUGGAAGGAUAUGAUAACUCAUAAAAACUCAGAAUAUACUGGAAAUUAUUAUAUCGUCUCAUACAUCGUUAAACAAUGUACUGAUCUCAUUUGUGACCAGAGUGACUGCCAGAGGCUUUCCUUAGAGUACGAGCAGCCUGACUUGGUCACCAUCACAGGUUCCCUGUGCAUGCCUCUGUUGGACAGGUUCAGCAGCCUCCUCAAGGACAUCCACAUGACCUCAUGUUUCUAUUAUGAAGAAACUUUGUUAAAUGAUAUCCAGAGAGCCAGAGAGAGAUACCAGGACAAAGAACUGGCAAAGGAGCUGGCUUGGAUCAAACUCCGCAUAGAUAAUACUGAAGUUCUGAGUUCAGACAUCAUCAUUAAUUUACUGCUGUCCUACCGCGAUGCCCAGGACUAUAAUGCAAUGGUGAAGCUGGUAGAAAGACUGGAGAUGCUACCUACAUGUGAUUUGACCGACCAACAUACUAUUAAAUUCCACUAUGCAUUUGCACUGAGUAGAAGAAACUGGGAAGGUGACCGUGAGAAGGCUCUGCAGCUCAUACUCCAGAUCCUGCAUCGCUGUGACAACCCGACCUCUGCUAUGUUCUGCCUGUGUGGAAUGAUUUACAAGGACAAGUUUCUGGAAUCAAACUGCAGAGAUUACGUCAGCAGAGACAGCGCCAUUGAGUGGUAUCGCAAAGGGUUCAAGGUCCAUUCAUCUCUUUAUACUGGAGUUAACCUUGCAGUUUUGCUGACAGUCGCUGGACAACAAUAUGAAAUGUCCGCGGAGCUAAGGAAUAUAGGUGCCCAGCUGAACAAUUUGUUGGGAACAAAAGGAUGCUUGGAGCAAAUGAGCAAUUACUGGGAUGUGGGUCCUUUCUUCAUCAUCAGCUUGUUGGCCAAUAAUGUCAGGAAGGCCAUCCAUGCAGCAGAGAGGUUGUUCAAACUGAGGCCUCCAGUCUGGUACUUGGAAUCACUAGUUCAGAAUUUGUUUUUAAUUCUGCACUUCAAGAAACCUGUUAUCGAACAUUCACCAAGGAAAGAACAGCUUACCUUCUGGUUAGAUAUAAUUUUUGCAGCAACAAACAAAGAUACUAAUGGACUCAGAUUUCCAGUUUUGGUGAUAGAACCAACCAAAGUCUACCAGCCUUCAUAUAUCUCUGUAAACAGUGAAGCUGAGGAGCGGACAGUUUCUCUGUGGCAUGUCUUACCCAUGGGGAUGCAGCAAACUCUUAAAUGGAAUUUCACAGCCACUUCCAUUAAAGGAAUAAGCAUAUCCCGUUUUGAUGAACGAUAUUGUUUUCUUUUUGUCAAUGGCAAUUCUGAUGACUUUCAAAUCUACUUUUCCACCAAAGAGCACUGUAGUAGGUUUUGCUCUUUGGUCAAAGAGAUGAUAAAUGCAGAGGACAAUACAAUGGAAGUAGAGGGAGAGAUGGUUGAGAACAUCUUAGAGUAUGAGUAUGACUACGAUGCAAGUGGUAAUCGGGUUAUACUGGGGAGAGGUGCAUACGGGAUCGUGUAUGCCGGAAGAGAUCUGAGCAAUCAAGUACGGAUAGCUAUCAAAGAAAUCCCAGAGAGAGCGAGCAGGAAAACCCGGUCUCUUCAUGAGGAGAUAGCCCUGCACAGGCACCUCAAGCAUCGCAAUAUUGUUCAGUACCUGAGCUCUGUUUCUGAAAAUGGCUACAUUAAGAUAUUCAUGGAGCAGGUGCCUGGUGGAAGCCUUUCUGCUCUUUUGCAAUCAAAGUGGGGGCCAUUAAAGGAGUCCACCAUCAAGUUUUACACCAAGCAGAUCCUGGAAGGCCUUAAGUAUCUCCACGAAAACAAAGUUGUGCACAGAGACAUAAAGGGUGAUAAUGUUCUGGUGAAUAUCUAUAGUGGAGUACUGAAAAUCUGCGAUUUUGGAACAUCUAAACACCUUAUAGGAGUGAAUACUUGUAUGGACACUUUUGCUGGCACUCUGCAGUACAUGGCACCUGAGAUUCUCAAUCAAGGACUUCGCGGAUAUGGCUCCCCAUCUGAUAUCUGGUCCCUGGGCUGCACCGUCAUUGAGAUGGCCACUGGCAGGCCUCCAUUCCAUGAGCUCGGUGAUCCUCAAAUGGCAUUGUACAAAGUGGGGAUAUUUAAUGUCCACCCUGAUAUUCCAGAAGUCCUUUCAGCUGCAGCCAGAGCCUUCCUUUCACGCUGUUUUGAGCCAGAACCCCACAGACGUGCCACUGCCACUGACCUGCUCAAAAACAGUUUCAUAAGCCAGGUGAACAAAUGCAAGAAGACCCAAACGGCUCUCAAGCCAUCAGAGGAUUUCCAGUCCAUUGCCCCAGCUCUGGACAUGGGUGAGUGCAUGGACCACAGCAGCAGGGAGUAUGAUCCUGAAUCCCUGGAGUUGGAUGACCAGCCUGCCAGGUCCAUCGACACAGUCUGGGAGCCCAAGUAUGAUAUCUGCCACCUACUCAGUAUUCCGGAUGACGGCUGUGGCUUGGAAGACCAGUUCACAAUCUUGUACCCUGAGAACAGGGAAUCAGGCUUCUUCCUGCUGAACGAAGAUGAGGAGUGCCGUGCCAUCCUGUACAGAAUCCUCAGGGAGGAGCAGAUGCAGCUGGUUACCAGGCUGCAGGAGUGCGUGGCACAGAGUUCAGAAGAGCUGUACCUCUCAGUCGACCACUUCAAGCAAAUAAUUAGGUUCUUGAGGGACUUCGUCCACUCCCAGGAGCUCAAGGUGAUGGCAUCCAUGAUAUCAAAGCUAGAGGUGGACCUGGAAUUUGAAAGCCCAGCCCUUGGUCAGAUUCAGCUGGUAUUGUUUGGAUUUCACAAUGCCGUAAACGAAAUUUUGAGAACGCACUUAAGUCACCGCCACAUGAUGUUUACAAUGGACAGCAUCGUCCAGGAAGCGGUGCUGGCUGCACUCAACAUUCUCUUCCCAGAGCUCCAAGACGACCUAGAGCCCACCUCCAACACAGAAGAGGUGAAUAAGGACCUGGGUGAGGUGAACCAGGACUCUCCUCCAGCAGACGCUCCCAGAAGUGAAGCACAUGAGAUACCAGGAGGGGCCACCCCCACUUCAGCACUUGUCCAAGACGCCCCGCCCCAGGAGCUCUACCAGCAGGACCUGAAGUUGGAGCUGGAAAAUCUCAGGCAGGAGUCCAACAGAAUUUUGAAAGAGCUACUUCAAAAAGAGGAAGAGCGCCAGAAUCUUCCACAGCAAGACGAACAGAAAACUCAGGAAUCGUCUCACCUUCAGUCACGAUUACGUGUUCUAAUUAUUACAGAGACCCCAGCACCACCUCUUGGGUUUUGUGGACAGAGACCAGAUCAAGAGCUUGUAGGCUGGUUGCAACUACAAGGAGCAGAUGCCAAUACCAUCGAAAAGAUCGUUAAACAGGGUUAUACACUUUCUGAUAUCCGUAAUAAGGUCACUAAGGAAGACCUCAGAUACCUCAGACUGUGUGAUGAGCUCCUCUGCAAGCUCUGGACUGCAAUCGCCCAGUACAGAGAACAGACUCAGGGGGCCACGGCUACCCAGGAUGAGGCUUAA